UGUUCACAAGUUCAUGUACAAUGCUACAAAAAGAAAAAUGUUUCUGCCUGAAAGGUAGCCAGUGUAAAACUGCAGCCACAAUGACAAGACUUAUUCUACUCACAGGCAUUUGCCUGUUACUUAUUCAUUUUGGUUCAGCCUAUCAGCUUAUAUGCUACUUCACUAACUGGGCCCAGUACAGACCUGAUCCUGUGAAGCAUUUGCCUGCCAACAUUGAUCCUUUCCUGUGCACACAUCUGAUCUACGCGUUCUCCAUCAUUAACUCUGCAAAUCAGCUGGCCACCUACGAGUGGAAUGAUGUGACUCUCUACCAAUCAUUCAAUAGUCUGAAGCAAAGUAAUCCAAGCUUGAAGACACUUUUGGCUGUUGGAGGAUGGAAUUUUGGUUCAACUCAAUUCUCCACCAUGGUGUCCACACAAGCCAACAGAAAUACAUUCAUCCAGUCCUCCAUCAGCUUUCUCAGAAAGUAUGGAUUUGAUGGCCUGGACCUGGACUGGGAGUAUCCUGGAGCCCGUGGCAGUACUUCAAAAGACAAGGGACGGUUCACUCUGCUCUGCAAGGAGCUCCGACAGGCCUAUGAGGCUGAAAGCAGUGCAACAGGACGUCCCCGCCUUAUGGUCACAGCUGCAGUGGCUGCUGGGAAAUCAACUAUAGAUGUAGCAUAUGAAAUUCCUCAGAUUGCCCAGUACCUGGACUUCAUUAGCGUGAUGACGUAUGACUUUCAUGGGUCUUGGGAAAGUUUCACUGGACACAACAGUCCUCUGUAUCAAUGGUCUCAGGAAACAGGAGCUCAAAUCUACCUUAAUACUAAUUACUCAAUGACAUACUGGAAGAAUCAGGGUGCUCCAGUGGAGAAGCUGAGGAUGGGUUUUGCUACAUAUGGCAGAACGUUCCAACUGUCGUCUACAGCGAGUGGCCUGGGAGCUCCAUCAAGUGGCCCUGCUUCUGCUGGCACCUACACCAAAGAGCCAGGCUUCUGGUCUUAUUAUGAGGUCUGCAGCUUCCUUCAAGGAACCAGCGUACAGUGGAUCCAGGAUCAGAAAGUACCCUAUGCCACAAAAGGGGGUCAGUGGGUUGGCUUUGACACCAAGGAGAGUUUUGACACAAAGGUGACCUACCUCAAAGAUAAUAAGUUUGGAGGGGCCUUUGUGUGGGCUCUUGAUCUGGAUGAUUUUAACGGACAGUUCUGUGGACAGGGAAAAUACCCUCUCAUCAGCGAGCUCAAGAAACUCCUAAACAAUGGUGUAUAAAUUAAUUACAAUGUGCCAUCAUCAGUUACUUAUAUGUUACUCAUAAUAUGAAUCUCUCUGAGUUUACUUCCUUAUCUGUUGCUCUUCACCCUCCUCAUGCUGCAGCUUGUACUGCUUCUCCUGUUCCCACUACUCUUCCUUUUGAAAUUCUUACUGCUCCUCUUCAUGAAACUAAUACUGCUCCUGAUGAAACUCUUAUUUUAUUAUAUCCAUAUUUUAUUUCUCUUUCUUUAAAAAAAUAUUACAUAGAUAAUUUUAAAGUGCUAACUAACUUUACUAGCAUUGAUCUUUUCUAAUCAGAUUUAAUUAUGAUUGGUACUUUUUGUUGGGCUUGAAAAGUGCUAUAUUAUCUUUGCAGAAAUGUUUUUUAUUGUCAACUGUAUUAUUCCAGAUUUAGCAAUAUGCAUGAUAAUAAACAGAAUAAAUCACAAUUAAUUCAUCAACAUUAAUCAAUUAACAUGAUAAACCACAGGCUUACACUAUUCACUGAUUCAGUUUGAAUGGAUAAGAUACAUAAAAUAUAUAUUUUUUUUAAAUUAAAAAAAAAACACACACACACACACAUACACAACCCAAGGUCUAAAGAGGAGAGUUACAGCAGGAGAGUUCAUUGAUUUACACAGAAGUUGGAGAAGGAUCAGAUACUACUGAAUCUGAAGCUGAAUCAGUGUCACAUAGGUAUAUGGAGGAGUUGCUAGUUUCCCUGAUGCAUACCAAAUAAUCUCUAUGUAGUGUUGCAGUCUGAAAUGGUGAAACAUUUCUUUCACUAACAUAUUAAAAGCAUGAGGGCAGAAUACUACCACAAUAUGUAUGAAGUGGUUUUGCAGCACAUCGUGCACGUGCUGGAAUUCAGGCUGUGCAUUCAAACAUAAUCUCUUUAUAACGUCCUGUGUAGUAUUUUAAGCAACACAGCUUAUUUGCAAAUACACAUCACCACAUUGCUCCUAGGUUUGAACUCAUUAUAUGGCCUUAAAUUAUUUGGCAUUACUUUGAAACAUGGACAAUAAAGAAAUAUAAGAUUAUAUUAUAUAAUCUGGAAUCACUCCAUAAGCACCAUGAUAAUCAAUAUAAAGCACAACAGCUAUUAUUUCUAAAGUUACUAAAACAGAUCCUCUCAACUAAAAAAUGCUGAAGACUAAAGUGAGGUCAAUUACCACUUUUUUUCAUUUUCAUUUUCCCAUUAUGAUUAUAAUGAUUACAGUUCUGUCCCUGGUACAGUUACCGUUACGGGACAUUUCUUUAGUUGCGUACAUCACAUUGUUGUAAAAGCUUCCAAGCGACCUUGUUCCCACUAUUGUUCCCAAAAGAUAUAAAGUGGAAGAAUAUUCAGUUCUCACAAUUGUUGGAUAACUGUAAUCUACCUAGAAAUCUUCAUGAACCAAGUACACUCCUGUACAGACCAGUUAUAUAGAAUUAUUUUCAUUGUCAUUGUCUUCAGUAAUGGAAUUAGUGAUUUUCCAAAGUGGAAUAAAUUGAGCUAUCAGUCUUAAAUUAAAAAUUGCAUUGUCGAUCCAAAUAUUUGGAUGUUUUGACUGUGCAUGUGAUGUCUGAAUCUAAAUUAAAAAAAAAAAAGAAAUUAAAAAAAAAAAAACAUGACAUUGUAGUUCUUAUAAGAGAUUCUUUCCAUGAUGCCAUGGAAUCUAAACAUGGGUGUAAAAAAGGGAAAGAGAUGUACUGUAUAUGAUAGCUGGCAUUCACAACUGAACUUUAACCUGCUAUGUGUAGGAUCUAAAGACUGGGCAUAGCCCAGACCUCAUCUGUAAGGGCUACAGGGGCCUGAAGAGAUUUUUUAAGCAGCUAAAACCACAGAGUAAGUUUAGAUAAAAAAAUUAAAGGGUGUUGAAGUAUAUCAGGCUAACUACUUAACCUCACAGCACGUGCUUGACAAGCAGCAUCUCUUCUCUUUAUUUUCCACAGCUACAGAGAAGACAAACAGUCCUCAUUGCCAGAGUUAAACCAGUCUCUAUUUAAUCUUUACUACUGAUAAUAAUAAAUCUGGUCUAGAUAACAAGAUAAGCUAGUUAGUUAGCCAAUAGUAGUUCCUGUUUUCGAAUCAUUUGCUGGUAAAUUCUCGCCUGUUUUGAUGUUUCAGAGGGGACUCUAUGUAUCUUCACUUAUUUAUCUUUUGGUUACCUUCACAAUUGCUUCUCUAUAUCUAAUCUUUUAUACUAUUAUUCUAUUUUAAGUCAAAUGUCUAUUUUCCUGAAUAUUUGUUAAUAGUCCAGGCACUUGUCUGGUCUGUUUAGUAUGUAAUACAUGU